AUGGCACGAGACAAAGAGCGCUCGAUCAACCCUGCGCAACAGCAGCGCAAGUUGGAAAAGGCCAAGCAAUUAAAAAAGAGUCGGGCAGAAUUACAGGCAAAGAGAAACGAAAAACUCGCGCGACGGAACCCUGAUCGUAUUCAGAGACAGAUCGAUGACCUCAAGGCCCUCGAGGCCGCCGGAGAAAUCAAGCCCCGCGAAAAAGCUAUCCUCGAUGAUCUCGAAAGAGACCUCAAGGCCGUCCGGAAAGCAAGAGAAGCCCUUGGGCAGAAGGCGCCGCAAUACCCAAGCCAGCCCAACAGAAGAGAUGAACAAGGUAGUAAUGUUUUGGGCAAGCGGCGUCGUGACGGUGAACGAAAACAUGUCCACCAUCGGAGGGAUUCUUCAGGCAGCGAUACCGAUGACUCUGUGAGGCGAAUACCUAUGCCGGAGGACACACCUCCACCGAUUCCACGCGAGUUCAGGCGCAACUUCAGAAAAGAGGAAGUGCCAGACACCCAACUACCACCAAAGCCUGCGCCGGUCCCGAAGACCACCUACGAGAGCGCACCACAGAUUCGCGACCUCAAGAAAGAAGCUGUCAAGCGUUUCGUGCCGGACGUCGUGCGAAAGAAGCAAGAAGCCGCCAGAGGAGGGCCGACAGGACACUUGGUCGAGCCCGAGGAAUUGGAUCGGCUCGAGGCUGAAGGGUAUCUACGAACAACCUCUUCUAGACGGCAGACUGGGGCUGCCUCCGCGGACGGGCAGGAGGUCCCAAGUAAUGGGACGGACCUGGAAGAGGAAGAGGAGAGAUUUCUCAGAGAAUUAGGGAUGCAAGAAGAGGAUGCAGGUCGGGACGACGAGCAGAUGGCAACGAUACAAGAUCGACAACAAAGACAAACGGUCGGCGGCGAACCACAGCAAGCACCACCGCCACGGAGGCAUGUCGAGAUGGAAGAAGUCGAGGAUGAGGAUGCCUAG